AUGAAAGAAACAGGGCUAAGGAUAUUCAAUUUUCUUCUUUUUAGUAGCCUGACUGUUAUUUCAUACCCCUGUCCAACAGCGCCUUACACAGAUGAAUGUGGAAACUUUGGAAUUCUAUGGAACUGUAGUGGUCUCAAUACAGACAGUCUACCUGAAAAAAUACCACAAAAGUUACGAAACCGCAAUGUGACGUUGGAUUUGUCAUUUAUUAGAUUUUCUACUUUAACGGAACAAAUCUUUGAAAAUCUGGCUGCUGUAUCAGUUGUGACAUCCAUUAUCCUGAGUCAUAACAAAAUUACAAAAAUAGAAAACAAAGCCUUCAGUAGACUUAUUAGUUUAUGCAGUCUAGAUCUUUCAAGUUGUGAGCUUGAUAAAAACGGAAUAGAAGUUGAAGCUUUUUCCUAUAUACACAACCUCAAGUACCUUCGAAUUGAUCAAAAUAAUUUUCAACCAGAUGGUUACCCGGAUGUUGCCCUUUCUGCAAUUCAGCCAUUGUCGAGUCUUCAUAUCGACAUUUUCAGCGGAUUUUUAUUUACAGCACCAUUUGAAAACUUAACAAACUUAUCUGAAUUAAAGUUUCAUAUUGUAAAUGAUUUUAGUUUAACAAAUACUUCCUUUUUAGGACUUCGGCGCUCCAAAAUUCAUUACCUUAAUAUGUAUUUUAAAAAUCACGUGUAUUGUGACGUUACUGAAGAUCUGUUUUGUUCCUUUCCAUAUCUUUCAGAAGAGGUUAGAAUUCGCUUUGGUGGAAAAUGUGACAUUACUCCGGCCUUGCGCUCUCUAAAAUGUUUCCAGCAUCGCAAUAUUGGUAGAAUUUAUAUGGAUCAAAAUAGUAAAGAUCUUGAAAGAGAUUUUAUAGUUUUAGACGAGUGGUUGUCAGAAUAUCUUAUCAAUGUAUGUGUCCGUGCCUUAUUUUUACAACAGAAUGGCAUUAACUCUAUAAACAUUAAUAUCUACAAUACAACUUUAUGGAACUGUCUACAGUAUCUAGAUUUUAGCAGAAAUCAUUUGUAUGUUGUGGAUUUAUCAAGCAUUCUUUCUUUGUUAUUUGCACCGAACAUGAAGAAUAUGAAUUUUUGCUGCAAUAAUCCAAAAAUGAAAAACCAGUUGAAUUUCUAUCAAUACAAUAGAUCAAUAAUCUCUAUAAAUAUAACACUGUCGAAAAAUCUGGAAGUUCUUGAUGUUUCGAAAAAUUAUGUACAUAAUGUAAAAAGAUGGACACCUAGUUUCAAAAUUACUGGGGAAAGAUUGCAAGAAUUGUACAUCCAAGAAACAAAUUUUCCACUGGCAUACGUUGACGAAUUUGAUUUGCCAUCAUUAAAGACUCUUAACAUAUCUGUAGCUGCUUUACGAAGAUACCGUAUACACGUGGAAUAUGUUAUACUACGACUUAAAAACAGGUGGAAGGGUGUACAUCUAAAAAAUGGAGAAAACAAAUACAUUUAUGAUGUGUUUGUGUCAUAUGGUGAGAAAGACCAUACCUGGAUUAUUCGUGAUCUGUACCCAAAAUUGGAAAGAUUAAAUAUUAAGGUGUGGCUUAAGGACAGAGAUUCGAUUCCAGGAGAUUGGGAGGCAGAGGAGAUAGUUAAAUGUAUAAAUGAAAGUAGAAAAGUGCUGUUCGUGAUCACUGAAUGCUUUCUGGAGAGUGGUUGGGCCUCAUACGCCGUCCAGAUGGCGGUUACUCACGCCUUCCACAACCAGCGUCAGAGUUCCAUUGUUGUCAUCAUCAAAGACAAUAUACCAUUAGAGAGACUACCAAACGAUAUCAAAAAUAUAUGGUGGUGCAUUGAGUACUUAAGAUGGCCGAUAGGAAAUGGAGAAAACGAAGAUUUAUUACAUCUACAAUUGUCCAAUUUGUUUAAGCCUACAUAA